AUGGCUUCGAUUCCGCACCUUCGGAAAAAUGACGUCUCUCACCAGCUCAUCGUCAAUGGCAAGCCGCUGCUCAUGCUCGCGGGCGAGCUGCAGAACUCGUCCCUCACGUCGGCCGAGUACAUGAAGGAGGUGUGGCCGAAGAUGGUGGCGACGCACGUCAACACGGUCCUGGGCUGCGUGACGUGGGAGGACAUUGAGCCCGAGGAGGGCCGGUUCGACUUCGCCAACCUGGACCAGGUCGUGCUGGACGCGCGCGCGCACGGCAUCCACCUCGUGCUGCUGUGGUUCGGCUCCUUCAAGAACGGCCUCUCGACGUACGUGCCCGGCUGGGUCAAGACCAACCCCAAGAGAUUUCCGCGCGCGAAGCUGCGCAAGGCCGGCGGCGAGCUGGCCACGGCCGACGUGCUGUCCAUCUUCCACGACGAGGCGCCCAAGGCCGAUGCCAAGGCGUUUGCGACGCUGCUGGAGCACGUCAAGCAGAUUGACGAGGCGCACUCGACCGUCGUCAUGGUGCAGGUCGAGAACGAAACGGGGCUCCUGGGCGACUCGCGCGACGGCAGCAAGCAUGCCAACGACCGCUUCGCCCAGCCCGUGCCCCAGGACCUCAUCGACUUCAUCGACGGCCACUGGGACACGCUCACCGACGCCUUCCGCGCCAACUUCAAACCGUUCAAGACGGCAGCCACGAAGCGCGGCACGUGGGAGGACGUGUUCGGCAGGAGCAAGAAGACGGACGAGCUGUUCAUGGCAUACCACUACGCCCUCUACCUCAACCGCGUGGCCUCGGCCGGCAAGGCCAAAUACCCCCUCCCGCUCUACACCAACGUGUGGCAGAACUACGCCGCCGCCGACGCCGACAACGACUUCCCCACCGUCGUCGGCGGCGGCCACGAGCCGGGCGACUACCCGUCGGGCGGCGCCGUGGUCGACGUGCUGGACGUGUGGCAGCGCUUCGCCCCCGCCCUCGACCUCAUCGCGCCCGACGUCUACCUCAACGACUACGCCAGCUCGUGCGCCAAGUACCGCCACCGCAACCAGCCGCUCUUCAUCCCCGAGCAGCGCCGCGACGAGUACGGCGCCCGCCGCGUGUGGCAAGCCUUCGGCUCCCACCAGUGCCUCGGCACCUCGCCCUUCGGCGUCGACACCCAGGACCCCGCCACCAACCCCUUCACCCGCCACUACCGCCUCCUCGACAGCGUCUCCCAGAUCGUCCUCGCCGCCCAGCGCCGCCCGCACGCCUCCUACGGCUUCUUCUUCGACGACCUGCCCGCCGGCGCCAAUGCCAACACCGCCUCCUCCCCCUCCCAGGACCACCACCACACCGUCGUCUUCGACGACUGGCAGCUCACCAUCCACCGCUGCUUCGUCUUCGGCCAGCCCGGCCCGGGCGCCGGCAUGGUCGUGCGCCUCGGCCCCGCGCGCUUCCUGCUCGUCGGCUGGGGCUUCCACGUCGCCGUCCGCUCGCUGCGCCCGCGCGCCGCCUUCACCGGCUUCUUGCGCUUCGAGGAAAAGUGCGUCGCGAACAAGGCGACGGGCGAGCUGCGCACCCUGCGCAAGCUGAACGGCGACGAGACGAGGAGCGGGAGCUAUGCGAUGAUGCCGAAUGAGGAGCCGGAUUAUGGCGGGUUUCCGAUUUGCGUGACGGUGCCGGCGCGGACGAUGGUUGCGGAGUUGGAGGUUUAUGCGUUUGGGGAGGAGGAUGAGUAG